AUGGGGUGCUGUGGGUCAGUGAACGUGGACCAUCCGGCCUCCCAAGCACACAUCCAAAAGACGCGCGGCAAUGGCAAAGGUCAAGACUUCGUCAUUCUGGGGAUCAAGGACCAGAACAUGGUUGGCAAAGUGUACCUGAGCGGAGCGCCGACGAGUGACCCACAACUCGUUGCAUCAGUGGACGCAGCCGUCAAGAAGACGAACACCGGAGUGGAACGCGGCACAGACGAGCACGACAAGCUUUGGGACAUCGCUUGGCACAACUCCAAAAUGACCAGCGGCUAUCAGUUCCUGUCCUUAAAGAAACCCUUCUUCCCGAUCGGCCGUCACGUCGUGGGCUUGUUGGAUGCCCUGGGCGAGCAUGGCUUUAUCCCCUCGGCCGCCCCCAGCUACGGCGGGCCGAUCUCCGACAAGCAAUCAGUUGAGUGGCCCAUGAUCAUUUGCGAGAAGGACGUUGAGAAGCAGUAUGCCAAGGAGACCCUUUUCUUCGGCAUCAAGGAUCAAAACAUUCCCGGCAAGCUGUGCGUUUGCGGGCCUGCCGACGUGAUCGAGCAGCUGAAAGGAGACUUUGCGAGCAAGCUCAAGCAGAUCAGCCCAGAGGCCACGGAGGCCUUUGACGACUACGACACCGCCAAGGAGUGGGACCUGGUGUGGCGCAACACCUCCAUCACCUCGGGCAUGCAAGCCUUCAGCCUGGCGAAGCCGUACUUCCCCAAGGGCAAGGUCGUGUUCACCAUCAUCGAGGAGGUGUACAAGCUGGGCUGGCGGCUCGUCUCGACGCCCAACUUUGGGGGCAACGACGUGGACUGGCCUUGCUUCAUUUUCAAGCGACUGCUGGAGCGUCCCGCGUCGACGCCGGCCCUAAUCCUGGCCGCGAUGAAGGAUCAGAACAUCCCGGGCAAGCUUUGUUUGGCGGGGGCGCCUGAGGUGGGGGAUGUGGCCAAGUUGCUGCGCGAUGCGCUGAUCAAGGUGAAGGGGAACGACCAGGUCACCUUGUCAAAGGACGAAUACGAUGAUGACUGGGACCAAGUGAUACGCAACACGUCCAUCACCACGGGGCACCAGGCCUUCAGCUUGAAGACCGCCUACUUCCCCAAAAACGACGCCAUCCUGGCGAUCACGAAUACCAUGGGCAAGGCGGGCUGGAAGCUCACCGCCUGCCCCAGCUUCGGUGGCAUGAGUGCAUCGUGGCCCAGUAUGAUCUGGGAGUACACGGGCGAGCCCUGGGAGACGGCCUUUGUGGCCAUCAAGGACCAGAACAUGCCGGGGAAGGUGUGCAUCGGAGGGGUGGAGAAGGAGGUCUGCGAGGGGCUCCUGAAUGGAUUUAAGGUGCUCAGCGGCCCAGACUGUGAACAGCGCAAGGACGACUACGACAAGGAGUUCGACUUCUCCUUCCGAAACACCAAGAUGACCACAGGCCAUGCCUGCAUGUCCAUGCAGAACUCCUGGUGGCCGUAUGCGUAUCCCAUGGAGUUGAUCCUUGGGGAGUUUCACAAGUUUGGUUGGCGUCCAGCAGGAGGUCCCAACUUCGGGAGCAUGAUGCUGACGUGGCCAGCGGUCGUCUUCCAAAGGAAAGCCGGCAGCGGCGGCGCGGGCGCCCCAGCACCUCGCGCUCAGACCUCGCGAGUGUGGCUGCCAACUCGCGAGUCGCAGGCCGGCAUCGAUCUUGAGAUCUGGGAGCAGCUGCGGGCGAAAACUCGAUGCGCUUGGAGCUGCAUGUCCUUAUGGUUUGAAGAGGCGGAUCUGUCGCAGGCCUGCGGAAGCUCACCGGAGCCUUCAUAUGUCCACCCGGACUUGCAGGAUGACAGGAGCGUGGACUUGGACUGGAUGCCCUCCUUCGAGGAGCCAGGCGCUGCCUUCGAUGGGUGUGGGUGGGAGGCCUGGCAGCCUGGACAGCCUGGAUGGUUCGAUGAGGGCGCGCCCUUCGAGGCCUUUGGUGGCUUGAAGGCUUUGCCGCCGCUGGCGUACGAGUUCGAGUUCGAUUCAAACCCGCGGCCCUCCCGUGGCCGGAGCAGCAGCCCAAAGGGACCACGCACCUCGCGACGCGUGCUCGGCGUGCCCGGCGCGGCCACGUUGGAGGAGAAGGUGGAGCAGAAAUACGUGGGCUAUUUGCUGGGAAGAGGAGGCCAGACAGUGAAGGAAAUCUGCGGGCUGUGGCAGGUGGAGAUGUGGUUUGACCAGUCGACCGCCAAGGAGGGCUACAGCACCUUGUACAUCCAGGGUGACCCCUCGGCGCUGGACCAAGCCAAGGUGGGUGUGGAACGACUCAUGCGCAGCUGCGACAAGCGGGAGGGCAGCCGCAGCGCGGACUCGGACUUCCGGUGA